UGUAUAAUAUAUUGACUCAUCAAUGACAUAUUUCAACUUUAAAAAAUCAUGUAUACAAAUACGGUAGGUGCAAUAUUGAUAAACUGCCAAUUUCCCCAUUGUAUUAGAUACACUAGUCAAUCCAAACCCUUAUAACAUAAAACGUUAUAAUCCAUUUUUUCUUUCAUCCCCAAUCCAAUCGAGUCAAAACUAAUAUUCGAUAAAGAAAUGGUGAUGGAGCAAGAUGGAACUACACCGUGUUCAGUCGUGUCAGAGUUUGAAGGGACAAUACUGAAGAACGCAGAUUCAUUCUCUUACUUCAUGCUCGUAGCGUUCGAAGCAUCUGGUCUAAUUCGUUUUGCAAUCUUGCUGUUUCUCUGGCCCGUAAUCACAGUCCUUGACGUUUUCAGCUACAGAAACGCCGCUCUCAAGCUCAUGAUUUUUGUAGCUACGGUUGGCUUACGUGAACCGGAGAUCGAAUCGGUGGCUAGAGCCGUCCUUCCAAAGUUCUACAUGGAUGACGUAAGUAUGGACACGUGGAAGGUUUUCAGCUCGUGUAAUAAGAGGGUCGUGGUGACGAGAAUGCCUAGAGUUAUGGUGGAGAGGUUUGCCAAGGAGCAUCUUAGAGCCGAUGAGGUCAUAGGUACGGAGCUGAUCGUGAACCGGUUCGGUUUUGUUACCGGUUUGAUACGUGAAACCGAGGUCGAUCAGUCUUUUCUGAACCGUGUCGCUAAUUUGUUUGUUGAUCGGAGGCCUCAACUAGGUCUUGGAAGACCUGCUGUGACCGCUUCUACAACUUUCUUAUCGUUAUGUGAGGAGCAUAUUCAUGCACCCAUUCCGGAGAACUACAACCACGGCAACGAACAACUUCAGCUACGUCCACUCCCGGUGAUAUUUCACGACGGACGCCUAGUGAAGCGGCCAACGCCAGCCACCGCUCUCCUUAUCCUCCUUUGGAUCCCAUUCGGAAUCAUUCUAGCUGCCAUCAGGAUAACUCUUGGAGCCAUCCUCCCAUUGUGGGCUACACCUUACGUCUCUCAGGUAUUCGGCGGCCAUAUCAUCGUCAAAGGCAAGCCUCCUCAGCCACCGGCGGCUGGAAAAUCCGGCGUGCUCUUUGUGUGUACUCAUAGAACCCUAAUGGACCCGGUGGUAUUAUCUUACGUGCUCGGACGCAGCAUCCCCGCCGUUACUUACUCAAUCUCGCGGUUAUCCGAGAUCUUAUCUCCCAUUCCAACCGUUAGGUUGACAAGAAUCAGAGACGUAGACGCUGCGAAGAUCAAACAACAACUGUCUAAAGGAGAUCUAGUGGUUUGUCCUGAGGGAACCACUUGUCGUGAACCGUUUCUGCUAAGAUUUAGUGCGCUUUUCGCUGAGUUAACGGAUAGGAUUGUUCCCGUCGCGAUGAACUAUAGAGUUGGAUUCUUCCACGCGACCACGGCGAGAGGCUGGAAAGGUUUAGACCCGAUUUUCUUCUUCAUGAACCCGAGACCGGUUUACGAGGUUACGUUUUUGAACCAGCUUCCGGUUGAGGCAACGUGUUCGUCCGGGAAGAGCCCCCAUGAUGUGGCGAACUAUGUUCAGAGAAUCUUGGCGGCUACGUUAGGGUUCGAGUGCACUAACUUCACAAGGAAAGAUAAGUAUAGGGUUCUCGCUGGAAACGAUGGAACGGUGUCAAAUUUGUCGUUGUUUGACCAAUUGAAGAAGGUGGUGAGCACUUUCGAGCCUUUUCUCCACUGAAGAUAACUCGAAUCACCGAUCACACUCUGGUGAUUUCAUCUUUGUUUUAACUGAUUAGAUUAGUAGUUUCAAACCUGUUUGUUUGCAAUUUCUUUCACUUGGUUUAAGUUUUGCUUGUGAUAUAAAAAGUAAGGGUUGAUUUUUUUUAAUAUGGUUAAAUUAAUAUAUAAGUGUUGUGUUGAUCUUGUUUAAAUGUUAUUCUUUUUUCAGAUAUGUAAUUCCUCUUAACAGUUGUUGAUGGAAUAAAAUAUAUAUAGUUUGGUUAGUCA